CGGAAGUAAUAUGGCGGACAUGUCUUGCCUUUGUAAAUAAAGUACAAACAUUGUCACAAGCUUGUGUGUCAUCGAAACCUGAAUUCGGUCCGUGGUCGGAACUGUUACCUGAAGAUCAUACAACAUUUUGGACUUAUGGACCUUAGACUUGUCGAGAUAUACUGAAACAAACUAAUCCAGAAGUUAGGAAGUGAAUUGUCCGUUUGCAGUGAAGUGACAUCCACGGAGUUCCAGUAUCGUUCCGUCUGAGUCUAACUCCCAUCUAAGCUGCCAAGAUGUCUGGAUUUUUAGACAACUGCCAAUUACCACGAUGUGAUUGCAUAGAACUUGGUGAAAGGAGGAAUCUGGUUGCUUCUAUCAUAUCUGGCAUAAUGUUCUUCAGUGGCUGGUGGAUUGUUAUUGAUGCUGCUGCUGUUUAUCCUGACAUGAAGGACUUCAACCAUGCAUACCACACACCUGGGGUCAUCGGCACUAUGGCCUUCUUCCUGAUAAACUCAGUGUCAAAUGGCCAGAUCCGCGGUGAGAGCUACACGAAUGGAUGCAUGGGACAGACAGGAGCUCGCAUCUGGUUGUUCUUCGGUUUCCUGCUGGGGUUCGGUGCGCUGAUUGCUGCGUCCUGGAUCCUGUUCGGCUUCUAUGUUGUCCAGUAUGCGACUCCAGAUUGGCCCGGUAUUGCCGUCUUCCUGCAGAACGCUCUCAUAUUUUUCAGUUCAAUUGUCUUCAAGUUUGGUCGGACGGAGGACCUGUGGGGUUGAGGCGGGUGGCUGUCUGACCCCCCGUCUGUGGCUGAAGAGGUAGAUUCCCCCAGGAGGCAACUGUAACACUGAGACCCACUGGGUCAACUUGUUCUCACUGUUAAUACAAUACUACUUGAAAGUCUUCGUUAGUGGAUCUGGAGACUGGAUGUGGAUAAUUUAGGACAUGAUUUUGAAAAACAUUUUUAAUAUACUGACCAUUCAGUCGCCUACUUUAUGUCUGCUGUAUUGAUAACUUCCAGGAAAUAGCAACAGUUGUGUCAAGUCAUAACCUACUGAUGAAAAACAGAAUUACAUCAAUGUUAUAUUUGUGAUAUUCUUUUUCUAUGAUGUCUAUAGAAUACUUUCUGAUUCAUGUUUUGUAAUUGUAAAUUGCUUCUGUAUUUAUUUGUUGUCCCAGCCCAUCUCCAAGUCUCCUGUCCCCAUAGCAACAAAUCACAACCCAUCCCAUGUACAUAGUCCCGCCCCGAGACAUCUUCCCGAGGCAAGAGAGUUAACUGACUUUAAAAGUCCAGUUACCACCCUUGCAGAACUAGGCUGGAAUUCCUGGGCUCGAUGGUAGCGCCACCAGUGGCUGUUACGAGUUAUGUCCCUUCUAAGCCUCCCCUAUGGACCAAUCAGAUUCCAUCUCUCAUAUCACUUGCAUUUGUUUCACACAAAAUGAGGGCGCCAAGGCAGGACGUUCUGAUCCAUAAUCAAGAUCUAUAUUGUGAUAAAACGGGUCUUGCAUCACAAAAUGCAUGAAAUCACAUGAGCACUUUGAUUAAAAACAUGAAAAGAUUUGGAAAAUAUCUGCUGACAACGAGUUGGCAGUGCACAUGCUUGGCAAAUCCUGCAGUUGACCAAAAUCUGCUCUACAGUUUACUAACCAGGUGCAAUUUUGAUUGGACUAUACAUAGACUAGUUAGUCCAGCCAAAAUAUAACUCCAUAAUACCAGCCUGGUUGGGCAAGGGUGGAAACUGGACUUUUAUAGUCAAUUAACUCUCUUGCCUCGGGGAAAUGGCCCCGUGAUUGCUUCUCCACACAACCGUGUGUAUUGUAUACCUUACACAUCUGCCUGAUCUGCCGUAUCGACCUGGUCUGUCUACCAUACUUUAUAUAUUAUCUAUCCCAUCACCUGGUAUUUAUGCAAGGUGUGCUAAGAUUUACUUUAUAGAUUUAUCAAUGGUUAAUGUUUCUUGUGUCACCAUUGAAAACUAAACUCCUGCUUGAUAAUCUAGAACCAUGUGUUCUACACACUCACUGUGGCCAAAUCUCUGUACAAUGAGACUGCUGAAUGAUUUAGUGUGUCGAUCCACAAGUAUCCACUUUCAGAAAACAAUGACCAUCAUUGCUGUGUAUGUGUGUACUGUAUACACUACGUUCCUCCUCGGAACCAUGAAGUAUUGACAAUGUGUCAGUCAAGUAGCUAACCCUUCAUCUGCAAACUGAGAAUUGUUGAAACCCUGUGUCAAGUUGUAGGAGAUGUGGUCACAUCAACUGUGGUGCAGGAAAGCGUCUCCUUGUAGUUGGACGUGUCAUGAUGUGAAGCCAUCUCUCACCUGUCAGUGGUCUGAUUGUAGGCUGUCAUCUUCCUACAGACAUGGUAUUAAUUGUUGAGCCGGUGUUGAAGUAGAAAUGUAAUGUGACAGAACACAAACUUGGUCUAUCGUUUGUGAAAUAACAUGAAGAACUCGCUGCCUGGAUCACAAGACACCUGGCCAACGGUAACCUGGGAGAACAUGUUGCACUCUCCAACAUCAGAGCUUGUAUCCAUGGCAACACCUGCAGUAAGGAGAGAGACCUGAUACCCACUCGUCAGUGCUUGUGUCCAUGGCAACGCCUGCAGGGACCUUAUACCCACUCGUCAGUGCUUGUGUCCAUGGCAAUGCCUGCAAGGACCUUGUACCCACUUGUCAGUGCUUGUGUCCAUGGCAACGCCUGCAAGGACCUUAUACCCACUCGUCAGUGCUUGUGUCCAUGGCAACGCCUGCAAGGACCUGAUACCCACUCGUCAGUGCUUGUGUCCAUGGCAACGCCUGCAAGGACCUGAUACCCACUCCUCGGUGCUUCUGCACUGCUUUGUUCAAUGUCAUUAAAAUCAGAUCUUAGUUCUCGAUACCGCUAAACAAAGAUCUGAGGACAUCCCAUUACGGGUCACAUCAGACCGACCAAUGGAAUGACCAAUCAGGAGGAAGCUUUCUCGUGCUU